AUGGCGCUCAAGAAGAAACGUCCGCAAAAGAGCUUAGCCGCUGGUCGGCCGCCCAUUCUUCAACGCCAACCAAAAUCCAUCACCAGAAAGUCGACAAAAGCUCUCAUCAACAAACACCAUCUCCUCGAGAAGAGAAAGAAGCAGGCGCUUGCCAAGGGUGAUGAUGCAGGUGUCGCCGCGAUCGAUGCAGAGAUUCAAGCUCUAGGUGGCCUCGAUGCAUAUCAGAAGGCCAGUCUUCAAGGCCAGAGGGAGGACCGCGGCGGUGAUAGCUCGAGGGUUCUGAUGGAAUGGCUGCAGCCAUGCCUCACGGCUCAUAAAGAGGGAUCGGGUCGGAUGCUCAAGAUGCUCGAGGUUGGCGCGCUCAGCACACAGAAUGCUUGCUCUCAGAGCGGCUACUUUGACAUUACUCGUAUCGAUUUGAACAGUCAAGGCGAAGGGAUUCUGCAGCAGGAUUUCAUGGAACGGCCUUUGCCCAAGGAUGACACGGAGCGAUUCGAUAUCAUCAGCCUGUCGCUCGUUCUGAACUUUGUGCCGGAUCCGAAAGGAAGAGGGGACAUGCUCAAGCGGACGACGGAGUUUUUGCGCGCAGCCGGCAGAUAUCUCGAGGCUCCUUCACUGACGACCAACUUUCCGAGUCUCUUCCUGGUGCUCCCCGCGCCAUGUGUCACGAACUCGCGGUAUCUGGAUGAAGAGAGGUUGGUUGGGAUUAUGGCGUCGCUUGGGUACGCGAAGGUUGAGUCCAAGACGACUCAGCGGCUGGUCUACUAUUUUUGGAGGAGAGAAGGCAAAGGCAUCGCUCGACGUUUCCGAAAGGAAGAGAUACGGGCUGGCUCGACACGAAACAACUUUGCUGUUGUUCUGGGCUAUAUUAUGGAUCUCAUGUCGAGACGUGCGGCAACGCAAGCAAGGAUCCUUGACAUCUGGUAAUCGUGUCCUGCCACGACAUCGCUUGGACAGUAGCAGCUAUCCGCUGUCUGCUCUACACAUGCCGCUACCCCGAGAUGGUUCCGCAUAAGACCACCUCGAGCUGGACGACGGAUGACGACGUGAUGUUGUCGUCUUCAAAUCUUUACCAAACGUAUCCAAAACGGUGUUCAAUUUCUUCAGUUCAGCAUUCAUUCGCAAGCUAGCAAGCGGUGUGACAGCCAAGACGCAGCCAACGUGCCAUUCAACGAUUUUUCACUGCGCAGCAAUGAGCUGAUCAUGCGGGUUGCCGGCGUCUACUUGCAAGGUCCGAUUACCCCACAACGCUGGGGAGGUGCGGGAAGGAAGGCUGUUGUGAGGGGGGACGCAGGCGACGCCGGGAUGCUGCAUCUGCGCUGCUGCUGUGUCAAGCAAUGGAUGGCAAGAGGGAGACAAUUGAUGUGGCAGAGCGCGCAUGCGAUCAACAUGCAGUGGGAUGGUUUGGUUCGGAGAGGAUUUCCGACAGCAUUGUUGGGCGUGAUUGGGUUGUUGUUUCGUGAGGGGUUAAAAGAGGUCACCUGGACAGGAUGAGUUUGGAGACAGGGAAGGGGAGGGUCGAUCGGAUGGUUGUGAUGGAGACAUUUUGUGUUUAUCACUGGGUUAUGAUGGUUCACAUAUUGGGGGAGAUGAAUGAGACAGCCAAUUGAUGGGGUUGACAGUUCACUUUGCAGGUUUUGUGUGUGCGGUGUUCACUCCGGUCCGCGAUGGGUGAUGUUGGCGGUGGUGGUGGACGACUGACUAAGAUGCAGUGCAGGAGGCACUACACCCUCUUUGUGUGGAUAACGAACAGAUUUUUGGGUGCCAGGGUCUUGCGUUUGGCUAAUGUUUGACAGGAGAGUUGGGUAGCAAAAUGUGUCUGUGCUGUAUUCAAUUCUCAAAUUGAAGCCUUUUCUCACGAGUAAGCUAUGGGCGAUACCGGACAGACUAUCACGACUCCCUUUCUCCUCGUCGCCGUCGUCAGUGACGGGUUUCGAACAAAGAAGUACGGAUCCUGGCCAUCGCGAUAUCGGAAGUUUCUUGGCCAGGGUCGCGAUCUACGGUUGUUCUAAAAGGUUAGCAGUAGAUAGAGACGGAUAACCAGUUUCUACAGUUGUAUGUAUGGGAUGUUAUCACUUGGGAAUUGCCACUUAUCAAUCUUGGCCUUUUGGUGCAAUCGCUAUGGUACCAGGUAUGAUGGAAAGUUGAGGUUCCCUCACCCCCUCAAUUGUUCUAGAUUUCUUGUGGGAAAAAGAAAGUUUGGUGGUGGUGGUGGUGGUGGGUGGUGGUGAUGGUGAAUUCUCCGAGGAGGCGAGAAAUGAUCGUCGGUAUCACUUGAGCCACCGUUAGGAAGUGUGUGUGCUAGGAUUGUGUAGCCGCGGGAGGCGCUUUCGCUCUCAACAGCUUUUUCUCUUUCAGAGUUUCGGUAGAUCCCGUGAUGGUCCCGGGUUGGGAUGGACGUGGGUAGGAUAUAGGGGAGGGGUGAUUGGAAGCGAUUGGGUUAUUGAGUAAAAUAGCCGGGGAUAAUCAUAGAGGGGCGCGCUGGCCGAUGAUCAUAAUGAUGACGAUUAUAUUCUCAGAGCAGCUCAAUGGGUUUGCCUUUCUUUGGCUUGGGGGGAGAUGGCGGGGCUGGGCGGUUCCAAGCAGCAAUGAAGCUGGGCAGAUAUUAUUCAUUGGAUCUUUGAGAGAGGGCAAAGAAAGCUACCUAGCUCACUCCCAGUAAAGCGGCAACGGCGGGAAACCCGCAGUAUGGACGACGGGCUGUUGCAGCAUUCAUUGCCUCCUGCGUACCAUAACCUCCUCUUUUGUGAGCAAGGAGAGAGCUGGCGGUUUGACCGCCGAGAGCUGACUCCCUACCUACCCUUGAGGUGGCGCAUUUGUUAGCAUCAAUCUUGCCCAAGUCAAGCCCAAGCGCAUGCAACUUCCCCGGAUUUUUGGUGGAGUUUCUCCCCCUCGCAAGCUAGACUGAACGGGGAAAGCCGGCGUGGCCUGCUUGAGGUAGUUUGGUUGUGCCCGAACAGGAUUAGAAUGAACAUUUAUAAGAUUGAAUUGGUCUCACGCGGGCAAAAACAUGUCUCGAUUUGAUAAGGGGGGAGGGGGAAACCGUAUCUGUAUCAGGAAGAGGGGUUGUUGUGGAGAGAGAUCAGCAGGAGUUUCCUUUGAGAGAUCGAUAACAGUGUGGUGUUGAUACAGAAAAAGGGGGAGGGGCUAAAAAGCGAUAAGGUUUUUUGCUCUCCGUUGCCGGCCGAGAGAAAGUUGACGACAUCCUGAUGAAAUAUGAGAUAGCGAUUUUGAGAUAAACUGAUAGCUACACACAACGUACCUAGGUACAUACCUACCUACCUUCUUGUCCUGGCUUGGGGUUGUUUUUUAUUAGUAGCAAUAGUAAAAAGGUAAAUUCAGGGGCUAAACAACGCACACAUGUCCGUCUGGUAGCGAGGUUGCAACCGAUGAGGUCAGGAGGGAGGGGAGCCAAAAGAUUGCGAUAUGGGUUAGGUGUUUACGGUCUGGUCGGGUCGGGUAAAACCGUUAUCACGUUCCUCUUGGUUUUGGGCAAUAGGAGAACCAAAUUCAUCGGAUGGUGCUAUUCUUGGGGCAGAUAGCGUCGAGUGUAAAAUAAGGGGCUAGUAGGGGUGGUUUCUGUUUAGAUGGUAACCCAACCUCGACGGCUUGUGACAGUGGCAUGCGUGGACAAAGACAAAACGUCACCCCCGUGAUGAUGACGAUAAGCGGGUGCCGGCUUUUGACUACUGUCAGGCCCAGCGGGGUGGUAGAUAACAUAGUUUGAGACCACGACAUGAGAGACUGAGUCGUGACUAAAUCCGAUCAGCCGGUUCAAUUUUGAGCCAACAACCGAAGUAACCACCCUUCUUCUCCGCGUUCAAGCUCAAUCCGACAUCUCACCUCCCGGCUAGCGGCAGAGCUAAAUCUCAGCAAAUGUCUUGAUGACCCGGUGCUUCUCUCUGUCCUCAGCCGACAACUCGGCAUUGCCCGGCCGCUCGACAACAAAGCUCUGCAUCCCAGCUUGCUUGGCAGCCUCCACCUCCUUGACAUUGUCACUCAGGAAGAGCCAGCUGUUCGCCUCUGGGAAUUCCGGAUGAGCUGCCAGGAUGGUCUGGUAGGACGACGCCUCUUGCUUUGGCCCGGCAUUGACUGUGUCAAAAAAGUCGGAAAUCUCGGGAAUCAGAUCGGCCGGCUGGCCGUUGGUGUGCUUGAACAGCAGCUUUUGCGCCGCCACCGAUCCGGAAGAGUAGAUCAUGAUCUUCUCUCCGGCCUUCUUCCACUGGACAAACUUGGGAGCGACAUCGUCGAAGAGCGGGGCCUUGAGCUCGCCGGACUUGUAGCCGGACUCCCAGAGAUAACCCUGGAGGCUCUUGAGGUAGGCGAUCUUGACAUCACGGCUCAUGAGGUCCUUCACAUGAGCUGUCAAGGCUUCUUGUGAGCUGGCAUGCUCUGCCGGAAAGGUGUCCCUGUACUGUGAGAACUCUGGCUCGUCCCAUUGGGCUUUAAGGGUUGCUGGGAGCGCUGAGAGAGCGUAGGGAAACUAUCCAUAGUAAAGCAGG